AUGCGUCAAUAAACUCAGAAAAACUCUUUUUUAAAAACUAUCCCUUUUUAAUCAAUUUUUAUGGAGUCUUUAAAGUAAUAAUCGAUGUGGGUGUCAUCAAAUACGAUUGAUGGAAAUAGCUAAUUUUAAGGUAUUGACUAAUAAAUCAUUUAGGAAGGUUACUUAUAAAAGUUGAUAAUCAAUGGGAAUCAGCAUAAUUAAAUCUAUAUCCUGAGAAACUAUAUAGAAAAGGAGUGGGAUCUGAGGAUUGUGCAUCAUAUUGUUAAUUACAGGCUUGCUUUUUAAAAAAGUUUACACAUUUUGAUCCAACAAUGCCAAAUUACAGAUAUGGAUUAAGACUGCAAUUUGGUUAAUAAUUAACUCAUUUAUUAUGUGAGAAUUCAGACAUCUUUAAAAAAUGGUUUCAAUUUUUAAGAAGAUAUUGUAUAAUGGAUAAAUUUGCAAGGAAAUAUAAGGUAUUAGGGAAAAUAAAGUAUAAUGACCCAGUAUUUGGUUAAUGCUUAUUUUCUUGUGUAAGAGUACAAGAUGCAGAAUAUCAUAUAGUAAAAGUGAUAGAGAAGGAGGUUAUAACGGCAGCAUAAAAAUAAAAUUUAUAUAGGGAGUUAAGUAAUCUAAGAAAAUUGAGUCAUACAUAAAUAUGUUAUCUAGUAGAAGUGUUCGAAGAUGAAUAGAAUUUAUAUAUUCUAUAUGAAUAUUAUUUUGGGAUUGAUUUAAGAUCAUACAUAAAGGAAUCAUAGAUUUAUUAAAUGGCAGAAUAGUCCACCUAGGGAUUGGAUGAGAAAUUGGUUGCAGAUAUAAUCUAUGGAGUUCUAUAAGCAAUAUAGCAUAUGCAUUAAAGAGGAGUAUUUCAUAGAGAUAUAAAAAUGGAAAAUUUAUUCAUUCCAGAAAAGAAACGUUUGCCUUUUGUUGUAUUAGGCAAUUUUUGUUAUUCUGAAACUACAGAUCAAGUAUAAUAUAAGAAAUGUGGUACUCCAGGAUUCGUUGCUCCUGAAAUAUUUAAAUCUAAGAAUUAUACAAGUAAAGUAGAUUUAUUUUCAUUGGGUGUAAUCUUCUAUCUAUUAAUUUAUGGGAAAUUACCUUUUGAAGGUAAAGAUUAAGAAGAAAUACUUAGAUCUAAUGAAAGAUGUGAAAUAGAUUACAGAAUUGAGUAAUAAAUUAAUAUAUAUAAAUAAAUAGAAAAAAAAUAUGUAAAAAAAUAUCAAACUCUGGAAUGGAUUUAUUAAAGGGAUUGUUGAAUAAAGAACCAAUUAAAAGAUUAUCAGCUACUUAUGCACUCAAUCAUCAUUGGUUUAUAAAAAUGGGAACUAGACAUUAAAGAAAUUAAUUACUUUAAGUUCAAAGAGGGAAAUCUCUAUCUACAAUUAUAGAAAAUUCUGUAGAUAUUACUUAAAGGUAAGCAAGAUUGAGUUAAAAAGCUUUUUAGUUACUAUUAAUCCAAUUCCUAAUUACACUAAUCUACAAAGGAAGAAGACAGAUAAGACAGAGUAGAAAAAGAAUUCAAUUAAGGUAGUCUAUAUGAUAAGUUACUCCAUUUUAAUAGUAUUUAGUAUUAGC